AUGUAUCUGUCAGAUGAUUUGUUGGGGUUGGCCCCCUAUAUUAUCCUCGCUGUCGCCCAUGUUUACCUAUUUCGUAUUAAUCAGCUUCUGAAGGGCACACCCGAUGAGAUCCGGAAGCUGUCGGGCUCGCGCUGGACGGCGGAUCAGCUGAAGACGACCUAUCGCAGGCUUGAAAAGAAGUCUAUCGAUUAUACCGACAAGCUUCCACCAAAGCUAGAUCGGCGCUACAUCGUAACCGGUGGCUCUGGUCUGGUUGGUGGCUUCAUCGUCUUGCAGCUUCUGGCGCGUGGUCAUUCUCCGAAGAGUAUUCGCAUUGUAGACAUCCGGAAGGCAGAGCGAGAUGACAUGUUGUCGGGUCCAGCCACCAAGGUCGACUUUAUCAAAACAGACAUCACGUCACAGGCAUCUGUGGAUGCAGCCUUCAAGAAGGCAUGGGAUUCCUCGGUCGCCCAUCUCCCUUUGACAGUAUUUCACACUGCGGCUGUGAUCAUCCCCUCUGAUAGGUCGAAGUACUACUACGGCUUUCCGGAAGCAGUCAACGUCCGAGGCACCAAGAAUGUCUUGGAGGCCGCCAAAGCAGCGGGUGCUGACAUAUUCAGCUCCACUUCAUCUGGUUCCAUCGCAAUAAAACCCAUUCAGCCUUUCGUUGCUCCCUGGGCUAGCUCGCCAAGGCGGUUUUGGCAAGUGCUGGAUGAGCAGGACUUCUACAAACCGCUACGGCCACACGAGGAGUUCUUUGGCAACUAUUCAGCAUCAAAAGCUGCCGCAGAGCGGAUUGUUUGCGGAGAAAAUGUAGAGGAGUUCCGUACAGGAUGCAUUCGGCCAGUGAACGGUGUGUAUGGAAAUCCUACUGAUAACACCGUAGGUGGUCCCUUGGCCAGACCGGUACUCCCAACAUGGAUAUCCCAUAUUGUACAGAACUUUGUCCAUGCUGCUAAUGUCGCAGUUGCUCAUCUGCACCAUGAGGCUGUUCUUGUCAAUCCACUUGCACCCCAAGCGGGACGACCCUUCGUGGUGACGGACCCCAAUCCGCCAAUCACGUAUAGCGAUCUUUAUAUGGCCAUCAAGACCUUAUCCAUCCACCCCCUCUUCGUCAUGAACCUUCCUCCAGUUGUGAUGCUCGUGCUUGCUCACGGCCUCGAGUGGUACUCGGUAUUGCCACACAAGGUACCUUUUCUCAAGGCCAUGCUUCCGGAAUUGAGAGGAGAUAUUAGGUACUUGAAGCCUGGACUCUUUUCAAUUUGCACACAUCUGGUGGCUUCGAAUAAGGAAUCUUCCAAGCCAGUCAGUGACGGCGGACUUGGUUAUACAGGUGUGAUCACGACCUUGGAAGGCAUGGCUUUUCAGAUUCUUGAGUGGAAUCGGGAGCAUGCGUCGAUGGAUGGGGGUACGAAGCGCAAGGCAUACACGACUUCGGUGUCUGCCGCGGAAAAGAUUCAGCAUCUUGGCAUUAUGGCACAGGAUUUUGUCGCACAAGGGCAUUAG